UCUUUUCAAUCUCUCUCUAUAUAUCUCUCUCAAGUAUUAUUAUUAUUUUUACUCAACAAAACUAAUAUUUACUUAAUUGUUACAAUGGGAAGAACACCAUGUUGUGACAAAAAUGGACUUAAAAAAGGGCCAUGGACUAUAGAAGAAGAUCAAAAGCUUAUUGAUUACAUACAAAAAAAUGGGGCAGGAAAUUGGAGGAUUCUCCCUAAGAAUGCUGGGCUUCAAAGGUGUGGAAAGAGUUGUAGGCUACGUUGGACUAACUAUCUAAGGCCAGAUAUUAAAAGAGGAAAAUUCUCUUUUGAAGAAGAAGAGACAAUCAUCCACUUGCAUAGUAUUCUUGGAAACAAGUGGUCUGCCAUUGCUGCUCGCUUGCCUGGAAGGACUGAUAACGAAAUCAAGAAUUAUUGGAAUACUCAUAUUCGGAAAACGCUUUUGAGGAUGGGAAUUGAUCCAGUGACUCACAAUCCUCGUCUUGAUCUUCUUGAUUUAAACUCAAUUUUCAACCCUUCACUCUACAAUUUGUCUCAAGUGAAUAAUAAUCUUUCAAGGUUAUUAAGUAUACAAUCCCUAGUAAAUCCAGAGAUUUUGAGAUUAGUCAAUUCCCUCUUAUCUUCCCACCACCAAAACCAAAAUUUCUUAUUGCAAAGUAAUUAUCAAGAAAGUCAACUAUGCAAUUCCAAUGUCCAAAACCAAGUGACCCCAUUUGGUCAAGCUAGCCAGUUUCAAAACCCUAUUCAAAAUAUUUCGACUUGCUCCGAUUUAAAUACUCCAUCUAUUUCAUUUUAUAGCGACACUCAGGUCAAGCAACAAUCUAAUGUGGAAGAAUCCAUGUCAAAUAUUUUAAAAUGUAGCUCGCAAAAUUGGCAACAAAAUGAGUGGCAAAAUUGUACCUUUGAUUCUAUUUUGCCUACUUUAUCAAUACCUUUGUCAACUCCAACUUCAUUAAAUUCGAACUCCAGCACAAUUUGUGAAGAAGAGAGGGAAAGUUAUUGUAACAUGUUGAAUUUUGAUAUUUCAAAUAUGUUGGAUGUUAAUGAAUUUAUGUAAUUUACUCUUUGAAAGUAGUACCACUCAAAAAUUUGAAAAA